CACCACCACGAUAGGCACUAUUCCUCGUCAAUAGCUCUCUGUCUGGCAAACCUGGCAAGGGUUUCAUCGGGUUGACCUUGAUCAUGCUCACGCUUAGUCCUGGUUCGGUUUGCGAUGUGUGCGCAGAAGAGUACAAUCCGCAUUGUGUUCCUAAUUCCAUUCCAUGCGGUCACAUUUUCUGCUGGAGUUGCUGUAAUAAAAUUGUACAAAAGACAUCGCCUCGUCUCCAAGCUGCCUGCCCUUUCUGCUCCGAGCAUUUCAUUUGUGGUGAUGUGCAUUUGCUACACAUAAACUUUCCAGGGAGCGGAGGGGUUACUCCUCGGUGGCAAGGUGACCUCAACGAGGCUCUUCACCACCGCUCCCCAUCACGAGGGGAAGAUUUGUCUUCCUUAGUCGAGCCGAGUUUCUUGCGCAUACGUGCAGAGGCUCGUAGAUUGGAGGAUAAGGUGGCCAAGGUAGUCGCAAGAGAAUGUUCAGUGGAAGAGGUUUCGACUCUUUACAAGGAGCUAGAAGAGUGGUUGACUAAUGGCGAAUAUUCCAACGUCCAGUCAUAUUCAUUAUCAUCAAGUGCUGUGCUGCUUAAGACCAUUUUGACGAAUCACAUCGCUCAUUCGGAAGCUACGAAGACGGCAAAGGGAGUUGAGGCCAUCCUAAAAGGGAAGCUAGACGACAUGGAAUUGAAGGUCAGCAAGUUAGAAACCAACCUAAAGCAACAACAAGCACUCUAUACCCAAAAAGUGCAAGAAUGCCAGGCUCUUCGAGCAGAGCUUACCCGCUGUACCCUUAAGUCCGCUUACUCUCGGGCUACAAAUUUACCUGCCCGCCCCAGCACUGCCGCUUCAACUAGAUCAAGUGAACGUCACCAAACAGUUUCUUCAUCUGCAGCAUCCUCAUACAAAGAACCAGCUAUCCCCCCCGUGCUGCCGCGCUUCGCAUCUCUUCGUUCUCGAAGUGCCUCCGCUUCUGCUGCUGGAGUCCAAAAAUCGACGACCCCCGCACGCACGACGGCACCAUCAAUUAGGUCUCAGACUUCAACGAAAGCGUCGAUGCUGUCAGUCUCGCUUACGUGCUACGUCCCCAAUUCCCCUAUCAAGACCACGGACUAUCUCCGUCUCACCCUCAAGACAUUCUACGACGCCCCCUCAAAUUAUCAAUCGACCGAGCUCCGAUGACCAGGAGAGGCCACGAGAAAUGAUUUACGAACGAUGGUUGCCGGCGCCAGACGUGACGUACAUCCUGCCAAUGGGCAAAACCACCCACUACCCAAAGGCCGCUGCGACGUUACCUCAAAUGACCACACC